AUGACCACUACCGCUGCCAUGUUAGCCGCUAGGACAGGACUCCGAACAGGCGCAAGGACAUCAACCUGCCUUGUUUGUCAAUGGCGCACCUUUAGCACCACUGGCUACCAGCGGCUUCCCACAGACCACACACCCGGCGCCGCCGCUCCGGAUGGGAAACCGAAACCGAGACAGACCUUCGCCCCGGCCCCGGUAGCCGCCACGGAGCCGGCUCCGGACAGCCCGUUAGCCCACGCCCCCCGGUCCUACGGCAAGAAAAUAAAAGACUUCACACCCACCCCUCUGUCAAGACCAAUUGGCAUGAACACGCCCCCCGCCGCGGGACAAAACACCGGCAUCGACCACCGAACCUUCAAACAGCGCCGUGAUGACUUCGUAGACUACGAAAGACAUCUCGCCAAGCGGGAGUACCUCAAAAACAAAGUCUCCCGCCCCUACUUCCGCGACUGGGUCAACCUCUCCUUCCACAAAGGCAAAACCUUCCUCGCGCCCCCCCGCCUCUUCAAAGCCGACCUCUCCCUCUACUUCCCCAACCUCUUCGGCCGCACCCUGGCCUCCCGCCAAAAAGCAGACACCACCCCCCUCCUCGCCGGCCACGCCUCCGUCGUCACCGUCUUCAGCGGCAUGUGGGCCGAGAACCAGAUCAAGACCUUUGUCUCCCCCGAGCAAAACCCUGCCCUGCACCGGGUCCUCAAAGAGAGCGGCGGCAGGGCGCAGCUGGUGCAGAUCAACGUCGAGGAGGACUGGAUGAAGAUGAUGUUGAUCAAGCUGUUUUCCUGGUCGUUGAGGAACAAGGUGGGCAAGGAGAAUUGGCACAGGUAUUUCCUUGUGAGGAAGGGGAUCACCGAUGAGAUCAGGGAGAGCGUGGGGCUGUUGAACAGCAAGGUUGGGUAUACUUAUCUGGUGGAUCAUCGGUGCAGGAUACGAUGGGCGGGGAGUGGUAGUGCGGAGGGGGAUGAGAGGGAGGGGUUGGUGAAGGGGGUGAGGAGGUUGCUGGAGGAGAUCAAGGCUGAGGGUGUGACUGGGGGUGUGGCUGAGGGGCAUGUUCUGAAGCCUCUGGCGGCUGGCAAGCCUACUACUGGAGACAAGAAAUAG